AUGCAACAGAAAAGAGUUACCUCAGGAUCGGAUAGACAUCCGUCCUCUUCUCUUCCGGUCUCGUCGGGCAAUGUACCUAAAAGGCCAGCUGCAGACGUCAUAAACCAGGUUCAUAGAAGACUGUCUGGAAACACUACUGUCAAUGGAUCGCCUAGCUCUAUCCCCUUGCUAAAAGUUUCUACCAAUGGACCCAGCAAUGGACAAGGUCGAAGUGUUAGCUAUUCGGUCUAUAAUGAUCACCGUGAAACUGUUCCACACGACGUUGCUAAUCAAUUCAGGCCUCUUAAUAAGGGUCUUCGUGGCGGCCAGAAUAUAAGAACUCGUUCUUCUGUCGUUGGUGGGGCACAUGUUGAUGUGGGGCAUGGUCAGUCCCAAACUCCUCAUGUGAGUAUUCAGCAAUUCAGCUCUAACAAUCCGUUUCGCAUGGAAACAAAUAAUAAAGGGCACCCUAAGAUUGCAUCCCAGGUAUUCGUUAAUCCAAAGUCAAGACGACGAAGUACACUACUGGGUCAAAGCAGAAGGGAUACCCUUUUACUGGAUAGCAACAUUUCACCGAACCAGUACAAUAAUCUACACAGACCUCAGGAAUCGCAACACCAGCAGAGUCAUUAUCAGUAUCAGCACCAUAGAAUUCAUAAUUCCUCGCAAAACAGCACUGGAACCAGUACAUAUGCGACGCCACCAUCUGGAUCUUACCCAUCGAUCUCAUCACGGCGCCCUGACAGGAUGUCUGUAAUCCAACAGUCGCCAUCGCAUGACUUUCAGACAGCUGCUACAUCUUCAAAUCAAAGCCUAAAGCUACCGCCUUCUAUUAGAAGGCAAUCUCCAAGAAUAUCUCUAUCACCAGGACCGAGCGGCCCCAGGAGACUCGGUGAGCCGGUUCCGCCAGUGCCACCAAUCCCAGAUCAAGUUAAAACCAAAGCGAAUAGCAAUCGUGGCUCAAGUUCGCAAUCGUCGGGAAUGCAGAAUCAGUACAUGUUACAACCAAAAAGAUCAUUCAGCAGUGACAUUGGUGGUCGCGCAAGGCAUGAUAGAGCAAAAAUAACAAGCUCCAUUAGCAUGAACAACUUGACAUCGACUGAUGCUGAAGGUAAUACCAGCCACUCGCCGAUAAAGUUGGGGACACGGUCACGGUAUGCUUCUCAGGCAGUGAACGAAUCAUCUAUCGAUAGAUUAUCUCAGUAUGGGCAGCCGUCAGAACAUCAUGAUAGAUAUAAGUAUUCGAGUAGGCAGCAAUACAUCACAACACCAGCCAGUCAAUCACAGCUGGGUCCACAAACAGUUCCCAGAUCGCAAACUUUACCUGAUAUUGCAAGAUUAAAAUUAGAAACACCAACAGAGUCCAGUCCGAGAAACAGUCCAGGGCCGAAACAUCAGCUGAGUGCGAAAUCGCCGUAUCGCCCCCUCAAUAUGCCUGCAGUUCUUCACCCUCGCCCGAGUGAUAAGGGUCAUCCAAGCACGGGCACCCCGGAUCUCAAACCAGCGCAAAGUAAGACGGUUAUUGGUGAAUACUCUAUAGCCACCGGCAACAACGUUACUACACCUAUUGGAACACCUCCAGCAGUUGUGAGCAGUACCCAAAGUAUUCGGUCAAAGUCAACUGCAUCCAAACAGUGGUCAACUCCAAGGUCGAAUGGGCAAGCAAGUGUUGCAGCCACAAGACGUAUGCUACUCUCGCCAUAUGAAAAUUUCAAAAGAAUUUCCCAAAUGGAGCUCUUGGAUGGUUCAGCGACAUAUCCGCCAGAACCCCCUGCGUUCACUCCAUUAGGAGAUAGGUUAGGAAUUGAAAAACCUGCUAUCAAUAUGACAGAAAUUAAGGCUAUUAUGAGGAGUCUAAUAACAUCCAAAAAAGACUCGGAAGAUUCGAAUAGGGAGAUAAUCAAGGAAUUGCAGGCAAAAGGUGAGCUUAUUGUUGAACCUCAGACGCCAGCGAUGGCCUCUAAGUCUCAUCGCCUGAAUAUAUAUGAAAAAGGAGAGAUCCUUGAUUUCCGUCAUGUAUAUUACUGCGGCCAAGCAGCUGGCAAGAAAAUAAUUGGUGACGUUCGCCGUGGGGUAACUGGGAACUUUGGAUUUGAUGACGACAAGGGAGACUAUCGAGUUACAAUCGGAGAUCAUAUUGCUUAUAGAUAUCGUAUUUUAGGUGUUCUUGGAAAGGGGAGUUUUGGUAAAGUCUUAAAAUGUGUUGACCAUCGGAGUGGUAAACUGGUUGCAUUGAAAAUGAUUAUAAACAGAAAGAGGUUACAUAUGCAAGCACUUAUAGAAGCCGACCUUUUGAAGUCGUUGUCUACCUGGGAUCCAAGUGAUAAAUACCACAUGGUGCGUUAUCUAGACCAUUUCAGUUUUCGCGAGCAUCUGUGUAUCACCAACGAACUUCUUGGUAUCAAUUUAUAUGAACUGAUAAAAUACAACGGUUACAAGGGACUGCCACUACCACUUAUUCGUCACUUCACACAUCAAAUUCUCGAGUCAUUGGCAUUUUUAGACUCAAAGUCAAUUAUUCACUGCGACUUGAAGCCUGAAAACAUCAUGCUGUGCGAUUCUGAUAGUGGUAAAGUGAAAAUUAUAGAUUUCGGAUCGUCAUGUUAUGAGUCAGAACGUGUCUAUACAUACAUUCAAUCAAGAUUCUACCGAUCCCCGGAGGUAAUGCUUGGUAUGCCGUACGGAAGGCCCGUAGAUAUGUGGAGUUUGGGGUGUAUUAUUCCUGAAUUGUAUACGGGUCGUCCUCUAUUUAUGGGAGAUAAUGAACAGGAGCAGGUUGCCUGUAUAAUGGAAGUAUUUGGAAUUCCUGACAAGGCGUUGAUUUCGAGAUGUGCCCGUAGACGGCUUUUCUUUGAUAGCCUUGGAAAACCAAGAUCUGUAGUUACAAAACGGGGUGAGCAAAAGCAGGCCAGUUCAAAGAGUCUAAAGAACGUACUCAAAAGCGAUGACGCUGUUUUUCUUGAUUUCCUAUCCCAGCUUCUCAUGUGGGAUCCUAAAAGACGGCCCCGACCUGAACAAGCUUUGCGCCAUGAAUUCAUCAGCGGAAAGUCUAAGCGAACCAUUUCUUCCUCAUCCUCAGCUUCCUCCUCGAAUAUCAAAAAUUCAAGCAGCAACAAUUCAUUGUCAUCAAUUGCAUCUGCAGCUACCUCUAUUUCCAGCUCAACAUCCGCGGCGACUCCUGUAAAUACAAUACCUGCCGCGACCAAAAACCCUAUCAGGCAAAUCAAUCGUGCAAAUGGACUGCAACAACCCAUCAUUGCCACAGCGUCGUCAGCUCCCCCUAACUCAUAUUAUAUAAGACGAGCCUAG